CUGCGAACUUUGUAGCAGGAAGUAAUCGUGAUGAUGAAAUCACGCCUGCUGGGGCUGGUUGGCAUUUUACUGCUGGCCCUAACCGCCGUAUGCAGCUCACCCGUCAAACAAACAAGCAACUCACCAAGCAACAAGCGACUGUUGGGAGCGAAAGAAUGCACCUGGGGACCAUCCUACUGGUGUUCUGACAUCAGGAACGCCAAAUCCUGUGGAGCCGUAUCGCACUGCAUCCAAACCGUGUGGGAAAAGCAACAUUAUCCGGUGGAUAAUGAUGAGAUCUGCAACAUCUGUUUGGACAUGGUCAAGCAAGCCCGGGACCAGUUGGAAAGCAACGAAACUCAGGCGGACCUGAAGGCCGUGUUCGAGGGUUCGUGCAAGUUGAUCCCGGUCAAGGUUGUGAAGAAGGAAUGCUGCAAGCUGGCCGACGAUUUUAUCCCGGAGCUGGUCGAAGCGCUCGCCUCCCAGAUGAACCCGAACGUCGUGUGCAGCGUGGCCGGACUUUGUAAUAAUGCCGAAAUCGACAAGCUGCUCGCUGAGAUGCCAGCCACCAAGCCGCUGCUCGAGGAGGAAGUAGAGGAUGAUGAUGAUUCGUCGUCGAGCGAGAAAGUUAGCGCAACCGGUGAUAUUACGUUCGGCUGCGAGGAAUGCAACACGAUUGUGGACCAAAUUGAGCGUCGCUUCCGGUCCAGCGAUCGGGACAGCGUGCUGGAAGGAUUCCUGCGUGUUUGCGGCCAAAUGUCAUCCUAUUCGGACGCUUGUUCGAGCCUCGUGCUGACGUACUUUGGCGACAUGUACGCACACCUGAACCGAAACUUGAAGGCGGACGCGGUGUGCCAUUUGAGUGGAGUUUGCUCCGCAAACUUCCACCAGCACGAUGAGAAGGACGGCAAGCAGAUCGAGGUACGAUCGAUGGGAGGUGUCGGUGUGCUGCCGGUGAUGGUUGGCGGUGGUGACGAUGUCCCUUGCAAGCUUUGUGAGCAGCUGGUGGAUCACCUGCGUGACGUGCUGAUCGCAAACACGACCGAGCUCGAAUUCAAGCAGGUGCUGCAGGGGCUUUGCAAGCAAACGAAGAGCUUUGCCGACGAAUGCAACAACCUGGUGGAGCAGUACUAUCGCGAAAUCUAUGAAACACUCGUCCACAAUUUGAACAGUAACGAUGCGUGCUUCAUGAUCGGCGUGUGUCCCAAGGGUACGAUGUUCGGCAACGGUCCCAUCAUGCCACUGUUGCCGGUUGCGGUAGCGGCGCAGCAGGAACGUAAUAUGGCGUCGAAACCGAACCGCCGUCCGCUGCUCGGUGAGAACGAACCCUUGCUGUCGGCGUCCGAAAUCCAGCAGGCACAGCUACCAAUUGAUCGCAUCAUGGGCGCACCGAGUUCACUGAAUUUGGUGGAAAAUGGCAAGUUCUGCACCUUGUGCGAAUACUUCAUGCACUUCGUACAGGAAGCGUUGGCCGAACCGGCCAACGAGGACGAAAUCAAGGAAGUGGUUGGUACCACCUGCAACCGGCUGCCGGCAUCGAUCCGCGGCGAAUGUCACAACUUUGUGGAUGUGUAUGGCGAUGCGGUGAUUGCACUGCUGAUCCAAUCGAUGGAUCCACGCCAAAUCUGUCCAACGAUGCGGAUGUGUCCGACCGCCCGCGAAGAUGUGGAAAUUUUUGCACCCGGUCAGGUGGAGGUGACGAUUGAGGCCCGUGCCGGGAACGAUAAGCCAACCUGUCCGCUUUGCCUGUUCGCCGUCAGCCAGCUGGAAGAGUCGGUCAAAACCGAUCGCUCGAAGGAAAACAUUAAGAGCGCGCUGAGCAAACUGUGCAUGCACCUGUCGCCGAAGCUGCGCCUGGAGUGUAAUGAUUUUGUGGACACGUAUACGGCCGAGCUGGUGGAAAUGUUGGCGUCCGAUUUUACGCCGCAGGAAAUCUGCGUCUUCCUGAAGCUGUGCGUCGACCAGCGCCCGGACCUGAGUCUGCUGGGUAUGGAGCUCGAUUAUGAAAAGCGUACAUCGUGGAGCCAGCGGCCGGCUGCUCCGUCCACUUCCGGUGAUAUCGAAACGAACGAAAUCCCCGACAUGACGGUUAACGGGCAGAUAACGGUUGAUCAUACGCCGAUGACCAGCACCCCGGAGUGUCUGGUGUGUCAGGAAAUGGUGAAGGAGCUCGAGAAGCGUGUGAAAAACAAGAAGAGCAAGGAUCAGAUCAAGGAAGCGCUCGAGCAUGCUUGCGAUCGUCUGCACAAGUACAAGACCAAAUGUGAGAAGUACAUCGAUCAGCAUAGCGAUCAGAUCGUCGAUCUGUUGCUGAAGCAGUUGUCGCCGAAAGAGAUUUGCCACACGCUUGGGUUCUGUCUGCCGACCAAGGAGUUUACCGAUGAAUUGGACGUUGAUGAAGCACUGCUCGACUAUGUGGUAGAACCCGCCAUCAUGGAACCAGCCAAGGAGGUGCUUGUGUCACCGAGUGCCAUCGGUACCGUUGCCGGCGAAGCGGACAAAAACCAACCACCACAGUGUGCGAUUUGCGAGUUCGUGAUGGUAAAGCUUGAGUCGGAGCUGGCAAACAAGAAAACGCACGACGAAAUCGAGAAUGCCGUCCGUAGCGUGUGCGAAAAAAUGCCAAGCACCAUUACCAAGCAGUGCGACAAGCUGAUCGACCAGUACGGCGAGUUUAUUAUCAAGUUUCUGCAAACGUUGCCACCGCAAGCGAUCUGCACGCAGCUGGAUUUGUGCGAGAAGCAGCUGGCCCUGUUGAAACAAUCGGAGCUGGAAAUUGUCGAGUGUGCUGUGUGCCAGGCUACGGUAAAAGAGCUGGAUGAGUUGUUGAUGAGCGACCAGAUGCUUGAUCACGUUACCGAGUACGCGGACCGUAUCUGUGACGCACUGCCGGCGAAGCACUACACACAAUGCGACAGGAUGCUCGGUGUGUACGGUGUGAGCAUGUUGCAGCAGUUGCGACGUUCGAUCGAACGGGAGCAGGUGUGCGUGAACAUCGAUAUGUGCAGUGCGAUGUCGGGCACACUGCUGUCGCUGCCGGAGUAUGCUUCCGGUGAGCGUGUGAUCGAUGAACCGGUCGAGGAGGCGGAGGAGGAGCACGCCGAGAAGAAGGAUGCCAUGCUGGUCGGACUGAACGAGUGUAGCUGGGGACCGGCCUACUGGUGCAAGGAUGAAGCCAGUGCCAAACAGUGCAAGUCCACGAGCUACUGCAAGGAGCGCAAACUUGGUUUCUGGAAGGAAACAGCCUAAUAAGUACAGUAAGUUUAGCGGGGGUUUUAGGAGAGA